GAAGUAUGAACUUGACACUCGGCGGCAGGAAAGUCAAGUCUUCGUAUUAAAUCGCCUUUUUGGUGACAUUGAGUGGGACAACUCGAAUUUUAUGUACGGUAUACUUAUAUCAAAGCCUGCUCACUUAAAUAGACAAGAUGAGUGAAGCUGACGCUAUAUUUAAGGGCAAGAUCCACUACUAUGGAAGAGAACAGUAUUAUCAAGCAAUGCAAAAUGAAUCUGUGGCAGCAACAAAGAAGUUUGGGAAUGAUCCUGUGUAUCGCUUCUACUCUGCAGUGUCGCACCUUCUGCAAGGCCAGACACAAGAAGCUAUUAGACAGUUGCAACCAUUGCAGAGUGACCAUGAUGUCAUGCUGGGAACACUUCUUGCACUGAUCUAUGCCCAUCGACAUUGCCAAGUUGUUGACAAAGAAGCUGUUACUAUGUUGGAUGCUAAGCUUAAAGAGGAAAGGAAAAGAGCGCCAGAAACUUGUUUGUAUUAUGCUGCCAUGUUUCUUCUGCUCUCUGGAAAAGUGGACAAGGCGCGAGAAUAUAUUGAUCGCAUGUUGAAACUAAACCCUGAAGAUCUUGCUGGGCUGUCAUUAAAAGGCUGGGUGGAGCUGUCUGCUGGUAGGGAAAGUAAAAUAAAAAACACAGUUCAGCUGUUUGAUGCUGUGCUUCAAAAGUCCCCAAAGUAUAUUGACGCUCUCUUUGGAAAAGCAAAGUACUAUGAAAAUCGCAGUGCUUACAAAGAGUCCAUGGAAACUCUGAAUCUUCUUGUUGUUGCAUACCCUGAUUUUACUGGACCCCUUGUCGAGAAGAUGAAAGUGUAUCUCUCAGAACAAGAAUGGGACCAGUCUAUGGAUGCAGCUACGAGAGUUCUUAGUGUAGACUCUCACAAUAUUGAGGCCUUGAAGCAUAAAACCCUGUAUGCAUUGUGCCGCCAAGGGAACUAUGACGAAGCAGCUCAGGCGCUAAGAGAUCUAUACAGCGAAAUGGAUAGAAGCGAGCCAAACAACGCAUCUCUCUUUGUUCAUAUGGCUCAGUUGUUUUCAAGAAUUUGUGGAAGAAAUCGUCUUGUGUUAGAAGAGACUUUCAUGAUGGCAAGCAAAGCUGCAAAAAUUGAUACAGGGAAUGCAGAGUACCUCACAGAAGUAGGUUAUCAGUGUCUAUUACAAGGUCGGAACAAGGAAGCCACUAAGUAUUACAAGAACGCUACUAAAUUGGAUGAGUCAUCUGUGGCAGCUCUCACAGGGAUAAUCUCAUGUCAGCUGUUAGAUGGCCAGGUGGAUGUUGCAGAACAGCAGUUGGAAUUUCUCAAAGAGGUUCAGCGUAGCCUUGGGGCUUCUCCGGAUAUCCUUUACUUGUCUGCUGUUUUAGGGCGGAUGAAGAAUCAAAAUCCUGAUACAAUUCUAGCUUUACUGACUGAGGCAAUUGACAACCACUUCAAGAACCAUCGAGGAAUGGCCUUUGGUUCAACGUAUUUGGCAGCUCUGAAUCCUGACUUCUUACUUCUCAUUGUCCAUGAAUGUCUCCUCUAUGCUCCAAAUCAGCCAAGUGAUACUGCAACGACAACUGAGGUCCCUCCUGUUGUGAAACGAGCAUUACUUGUGCUGGAUGCCAUUACCCGUGCAUGUCCUGCCCUACUUACUGCUCUUGUACUCUCUGCUCGUACAAAGUUUGUUACUGGUGAUGUGAAAGGAGCAUCAACAAUACUCCAGCAUGUGUUAGAUGAAAUUGACUCAACCAGUUCAGAUGCACACUUGCUGAUGGCCCAGAUUCAGCUCCACCAAGGAAACUUCAAGCAAGCUCAGCAAAGCCUGGAAGUGGGACUCUCAUAUAACUUUGAGGUGAGAGAGCAGCCAACAUACCAUCUGGUUCGAGCAAGGGUUAUGAAAAAACAGGGGCAAUAUCAAGAAGCCAUCAAUACUCUGAAAUCCUGUUUGACUCUCGCUAAUACCAGACCCACAACAACUAAGGGAAGCCGCAAUAAAGCUGAAUUGACUUUGCCCGACAGAGCAUCAGUAUUUUUGGAAUUAUGUGAUGCUUACCGACUCAAUAACCAACCAAAUGAGGCAGCUGGUAUUAUGACACAGGCAAUGACAGAGUUUCAGGGCACUGGUGAAGAAAUCAGGCUAAACAUCGCCAGCGCAGACCUGGCCUUAAUGCGUGGUGAUGUUGAACAUGCUCUUGCCAUGCUGCGAUCUAUUGGACCUGAUCAGCAGUACUACCUCGAAGCAAGAGACAAGAUGGCAAAUAUUUAUCUUAAUCAUCUCAAAGACAAGCGAAUGUUUGCUACUUGUUAUAGAGAAGUAGUUGAGAAGAAUCCCACACCCCAGAGCUACUUAAUGUUGGGGGAUGCCUACAUGUCCAUUCAAGAACCUGACCGUGCCAUUGAGGUUUACGAACAGGCACAGAAACGCAACCCAAGAGAUUCGGUGUUGGCAUGUCGCAUGGGUAUGGCACUCGUGAAGACACAUCAGUAUGGAAAAGCUAUCAAUUAUUACAAGGAAGCAAUAAAAAGUGGAAGCAGUAACCAGUUGCGAUAUGAUAUGGCUGAGCUGCAAAUGAGGCUGAAACAGUAUGAUAAAUCAGAGAAGACCAUUAGCCAAGCACUGGAAGUGGAGGCCAUUAAUCAUUCCAACCUGAAUUCUAUGCUUACUCAAGCAAAGCUCCUCAACCUCCUUGCAAAGGUUCAUGAAAGGGCAGGUAAUUUUGAUCAGGCUCUUACAACUCUUAGUAAGGCAAAGGAUGUGCAAGUAAAAGUACUCAAGAGAGCACAGGUAGAGUUGCCAGACUCAGUAGCUGAGCAGAAGCAGUUAGCUGGCAGUAUGUGUAGCAAGAUGGCUGAGCAUGCUGCAAACCAGCGUGAGUUUGAUCAAGCUAUUAGGUUGUACAAGGAGGCUCUUCAGUAUGAUCCAGAACAUGCUCCUACACUAUUGGCCUUAGCAAAGCUUUAUAUGCAGAUUAAUGACUUGGAUCAGUGUCAGUACACUUGCAUGACACUACUGAGAAGUGACAAAGAAAAUGACAGCGCCACAGUCAUGAUGGCUGACUUGUCAUACCGACGAAAUGAGUAUGAUACUGCUAUGUUUCACUUCCAGCAGUUACUUGACAGGCGUCCAGCAUACUUCCCAGCAUUAGCUCGUCUUGUAGAGGUUAUGCGACGAACUGGAACCUUAGAUGAGACAAAUCCAUAUCUUGAUCGGGCUGAGCAAGCUACCCUCAAGCCAUACAUGGACUCUGGUUUCAACUUCUGCAAAGGCUUAUAUGAAUGGUAUGUAGGAAAUCCAAAUGCCGCAUUGAAGUACUUCAAUAAAGCAAGGAAGGAUCAAGAAUGGGGUCAGAGAGCAAUUUAUAACAUGAUUGAAAUUUGCCUGAAUCCAGAUAAUGACACCAUUGGAGGAGAGACUUUUGAAAGUGUGGACAGUGAAGUCAACCAGUCUGGGGCGAGAGACACUUUGGACAUGGCAAUUAGGACAGCAGAUAAACUCCUGAAGGAACUGAGUCCUAAACCUGGUGAUCAGCAAGUUUCUCAUCAGAUUCUAAGUAAUUUCCUCUUGUUGGCAACAAAACAGAAGGCCAAUGCUGAGCGAGCACUACAAGAUUUCAUGAACAUUGCCAGCCAAGAAAGUUAUAAGAAUCAUGUUGGGGCCAUUCUUGGUAUGGCUACAGCAUACAUGAUAUUAAAGCAGACUCCACGUGCUCGAAAUCAGCUGAAACGAGUGGCAAAAUCAAUUUGGAAUUUUGAGGAUGCUGAAUAUCUGGAGAGAUGUUGGUUACUCUUGGCAGACAUAUAUGUGCAGACUGGAAAAUAUGACAUGGCUACAGACCUUCUUAAGCGUGUCUUACAACACAACCGAUCUUCUAUGAAAGCUUAUGAAUAUAUGGGUUUCAUCAUGGAGAAGGAACAAAGUUAUCGGGAUGCUGCAUACAAUUAUGAACAAGCCUGGAAAUUCAGUGGAAAUACAAAUCCAAUGAUAGGAUACAAGUUGGCAUUUAAUUACAUGAAAGCUAAACGAUACGUAGAUGCAAUAGAUGUGUGUCAUACUGUCCUAAAUAAGCACCCUGAGUACCCUAGGAUACGCAAGGAUAUUCUGGAUAAAUCACGGGCAAGCAUUCGUGUUUAAAGGGAGCUGUUUGGGAACUCAAAAGAAGAAAAAAUCCAAAUAUAUUGGUUAACGAUCAUUGGAAAUACUGAUGAGGAAGUCACUGAUAUAGCUGUGUGCAUGCAGAUGUAUUCAAAAAUUAUUUUUAUAAUUAUUUUCUUGAACCAAGUGGAGUAUUUCCUAUAUUUCUGUAAAUUUACAAAUAAUUGCUGUAUGUUUUCUUAGUGCUGAAUUACUAAUACUAGUAAUUUUAUCAGAUAACUUUAUACUUUUACUUUCUAGGUACUCUUAUUACAUAUUUUUUUUAUUUUUUAUCCUCUUUUCCAGUAGGAUUGUUUAAUCUAGUCAGUUAUUCCAUUUUACAUUAGGCAUCUUUAAAUAGUCUAGUCAUAUAUAACCUGAAAUUAUUUGACAGAAUAAUGUUUGAACGCAUGACUCAGAGGGCUGUACACGCUAUUUUGUAUUACAAAUAUCCGUCCACUACAGUUAUAGGUGUAUGCACAAGAGUUGAGAUACAAUGCUUAGGAUUAUUGUAUUUGAAGUUUAUGAAACUGCUUCACCAGUCUAAAAAUUAUAUGAAAUAUUCUAUUUUAUGACCAAAUGAUAUACGAUAAGUAGCAUUCAGGGAAAAAUAUUGUAAAGAAAUCUCUAUGUAACUACAGGUCAUUUUGUGUAUACUGCAUUUACAGUAUUUUGAUUAUCAAACUGUUUCAUCAAGUAUUUACAGUCUGUGCAAGGAUACUGUAGAGGCUGAUAUACAGUUCGCAGUCCAUCUAUAUCCUUAUUAAAUAAUUAGUGAUAUUUCCUGCUUCUUAUCUCCACACUAACACUGAAUUAAGCUAUAUAACUGUUUUCUCAGUGCACUGUUGAGUAUACAUGCCAGAGCCCUCAGGGCCUCCAAAGAUACACUCAUCAAUAAACAUGAACUUUUCCCACUGUUCAGUAAUUCAGUCUUUGUGUUGCCUUGCAAAUGAAAGAUGUUUAUCUUGCAAUUUUUUGGCAGCACGGUAUGACAGCAGAUUAAAAUCUCUUUGCAAGUUACACCAUAGUACACAAGGAGGUCUUUUCAAGAUGGUAGGCUGGCUUUUCAUAAGUGAUGGCAAGGUCACUGAGGGUGUUGUUAGAAUGUCUCUUCUCAUAAGGUUAUCAGUUACUUCUGAUUUUUUUUUAAUGCUGUCCAGUGUUAUUUACAAAGAGGAAAAACAUUAGAUGGUAGGCCUCAAGCUGCCUCCAAGGCAAUAUAAAUGGCUGACCUGUGGUUAGCUACUAAACAGAUAUUUUCUUUCUUGUCUUCAUGCAAUACAUUGUACUUUUUCCUCCCAAGAAUGCUGUUUAUAGCUAGCCUAUCUUUACAGACAGUUCAUAAAAAUACUACAUAUAUAGAGGCAUAUCAUGUGGAGAGUGGCUGAGAAUGGUAUCUAUUUGUCAUAAAGUGAAUUAAUCAAGUGAAUGGACCAUGAGAGGUUAAUGUGCCAGUAGAGUGGCCAGAUGUUAGCACAUCUCCCUUGGAUUACUGGGCAUGAUAGUGCACAAAUAAAAUGAAAAUACCUCACCAUAGGAAAUAUAAUGGAUUUUUUUUCUUUUUUUUUUGUGCACUGUAUGUAUAGCAUACAGGAGUAUUUUUCACAUGUAAUGUUUCAAAAAAUAUACAAGGCAACACCAGUGA